UUUGCGCUGCACACGAAAAGGAAAGGAAACGCCGACUUCUCCAUUCCAAACCCCCCUCUUCUCUCUCUCAUCUUUAGCAGGAGCGAAUGUUUGAUCGAUCGGAAGCUGGAAGACGAGUCACGUUUAUUUCUCACUUUUUAGGCUUCCCCUGAUUGUUUCUGGACUGGCCUCCCUCCCUCAGAGCCUGCUGUUGACCGUGAGGGAUUUUGCUUCCAGACGCCAGUUUUCAUCGACUGCACAAACUUGAUAGGCAGGCAAGCUAGCUAGCUAGCCACCUAGCUAACUUGCUAACUAGCUUGCAGUGUUGUUAAGGGGGACCUCGUUUUCCUUUCUUUUCCCCCCCUUCCCCGUGUCAGUGUUGGAGUGUUUUUGUCAUUGCGCUGUAACUGGCUGUGGGUGCGUCCCCUGACACCUGAAGACUGUUUGCUGGUGAAGUUUGAGCCGGUUGUUCGCAGCUAGCGUGCUCGAUACAGCUUGCUAGCUCGCUAGCUAACACCCUGCGCAUUUAGCCUGGAAGCCAGUUCGAGGCCUCAGUCCAGCACCACCUCCAGCAGCAGCUACCACAGUGUUUGCAGAGCCGUAUAGUGAGAGUUGACAGCUUACUUGGUGACACAGAGACUUCUCCCUGAGGAGCCAAGAAGCAGACGGCUCAUGACUUCUGACCAGGACACGAAAGUUGUAGCUGAACCACAGGUGCAGCAAGUACAAGAGGCAAAAGAGAACUCUCAUUUGGAAUCUGCCAAGGUUUCGGACCUCAACCCCAAUGCGAAAGCAUGGGCCAACCACAUGUUUAGCCUGGACCCCAGCGGGACUGCCGACACCACAACUGCUGCCCUGCAGCCAUGGAAGGAAGGCUGCGAUAGUUCGGCCGAUCCCGGCCCAGAAGGCUAUGAAGCCAGUGAAGACAAGGCUUACAAGGAGCCCCUUCUAACCGACCCAGAUGAGCCUCCACCGGUACCAGUAAUGCUGGCUGAGCCAGCCGCCGUCACUCUGGAGUGCUCCGAGUCAGCCUACACAGAAUACCCCAAGCCUGGGCAGCCAGGGCACACAGGCAGUGAUCCCCAGCCUGACAACCCCCAGGAGGGCUUGAGGGAGCACCUGAAGAAGACCCUGGAGUUCUGUCUUUCCCGGGAGAAUCUGGCCAGUGACAUGUACCUCAUCUCCCAAAUGGACAGUGACCAAUAUGUGCCAAUUGUGACGGUGGCCAACCUGGACCACAUCAAAAAGCUCAGCACGGACGUGGAGCUGAUUGUGGACAUCUUACGAUCUUUGCCAUUGGUCCAGGUGGAUGAGAAGGGGGAAAAGGUGCGACCCAAUCAGAACCGCUGCAUCGUGAUCCUCAGAGAGGUUCCAGAGAGCACGCCCAUAGAGGAGGUCGAGGCUCUUUUUAAGGGGGACAACUUACCCAAGUUUAUCAACUGUGAAUUUGCCUACAAUGACAACUGGUUCAUCACUUUUGAAUCAGAAGCAGAUGCACAGCAGGCAUAUCAAUAUCUCCGUGAGGAAGUGAAGACCUUCCAAGGGAAGCCAAUAAAGGCGAGGAUAAAGGCGAAGGCAAUCGCUAUCAACACUUUCAUACCAAAGAACGGUUACCGGCCGGUGGAGGUGAACCCGUACGCUCAGCAGCGCUACACAUCCUACUACAUCCCACCGGUUUACAGCCCCCAGCAGCAAUUCCCGUUAUACAGCCUCAUCACGCCGCAGGCCUGGUCGGCCACACACAGCUUCAUCGACCCCACGCUGGUUACUCCAUUUCACAACAACCAGUUCAUCAACGGAUUUACAUCUCACAGUUUCAAACCAGCGACGUCGCCCCUCACUGUCAGACACUACUCGCCCAGGAACAGGAAUCACAGCAAACCUCACCUGAGGCCAACCAUCCCCACAGCAGAUCGCAGCACUGGGCUACUGGACAGCCCGAGCCUCUUUGCUAGCUUUCCCAGCGAGAGGCUCAAUGGGGCUCGCAGCAGCCCGCCAACGCGACUCCCCACCAGCCAACCCAGAACCAGGUUACCCUCCACUGCAGCCUUCCCUCGUAGGGACACUGUGGGCACGGGGCGAGUAACGGAGCCCGCAACCACAGACUACUCGCUGGGGAUCGGCCGAGGAAGGAAAAAUGUUUCUGCUUCUAGGAAAAAGAGGGACGAAAAGUUUACAAGAGUGACGCCUCAGUCGCCGCCUCCGCCCCCAAAACCUCCAUCUCCAAGCUUCGAGCUCGGUCUCUCCAGCUUCCCUCCUCUGCCCGGAGCAGCCGGCCAGCUCAAAACUGACGACGUCUUUGACAACCGACUGGCCAGCAGCGUAGUCGUCGGAAACUCCAAGGAACGGAAUGUAAGUGCUGAAUCCAGUAGUGGAGGCACUCUCUCCCCAGCGGGUCCCAAAGAGCCUCUCCGGUCCUCAACGUCCCCGAUGGCCACAACCUUCCAGCCCUCGCCGACCACCCCGACCACGACCCCCGCCUCGACGCUGACCCCUUCCCCUGGCACGCCGCACAGUCCCGCUCCCUCCCUCCCAGUAACGGAGGUGAAGGUGACAGAGGUGAAGCCGAAGGAGGUGCAGCUGUCUGUGGAGCGAGUUCCUGGGACUCUGUCCACUGCAAGCAAAUCGGUGCAAGUCAACGGUGCUGCCACAGAGCAGAGGAAGCCCUCCUACGCCGAGAUCUGCCAGCGGGUGAAGGAUACCCCGACGUUACAGCAACCAACCACCCCUAAGGAAGCUAAGCCAGCCUGCGCCGCCACAGCAGGCGAGGAGAGGAAGUGCCCCGACGCCUCCACGCCUUCAGGGGAGGCCAAGGCCAGAGAGACUUACCACUCCUCGUCCAAACCCAGUUCAACGGGUGCCACCACAGGCAGACCCCCGAAGGAGGUCCGAAGGCCGGGUGGGCGGUGGGCCUCUCCGCCCCCACACCCAGGGAAAACCCCCAACAAAGAUUCCCACCACACCCCACCCAAAUCCCCGCAGUAGGGUGACCUCCUUUCCCUCCCCAAGUCCUCCAACCCCACUACUAUGCUCCACAGAUGCGUUUAAAAAAAAUAAAGGAAAUACAAGUCAGGGCUACUCGAUACUUAUAUCCCAGAAUCACCCGUCACAAACAAGCAUAGAGGACGCCUUCUUUUCUGGAUCAGGGCUUGCAGACAAAAAGCACUUUACUGUGCAUGUAGAGCACCGUUUCUUUUUCUUUAUAUUCUAUUUAUUGUUUUUGGUUUUUCACUUUUAUUUCUCCUUUUCUCUUUUUGCAUUACGUAGUGGUGUCAGCCUGUCAGGUGGCACAGACAACACUGAAAUUUGUUCAUUCUGUCCAAACGGCCUUGUGGGAUUAAAUUAGCCGCGUGUGUGUGUGCGUGUGUGUGUGUGUGUGUGUGUGUGUGUGUGUGUGUGGGAAGCAGCAGGGCAUUGUUGGAAGCCACCCCAAAGGAUGAUGGGAAAGGGUGCAUAAAACAGACUUGUUUGGCUGUCAUAAUGAGGGGUUUGUUUGCAUGUUGAGUGGCAGCAUUGUGCAACUUUAAGUGGCUUAAUUAUGGGUCAUUAUUAGUCCUUUUGUUUUUAAAUACAUAUUCACAUCCAUAUGCAACUCAACAUCACAAGAAGACUUGGAUCCUUUGGUUUACAUAGAAUUUUUUGCAGGUUUGUUUACACUAGGUGGCUUUUAUGUCUUUUUGGGGUUUUUUGCAAACCGUAGUUGGCUGUUGGUACAGUAAUUGGUCAUCCUCCCCUCGGCGUCUUCUUCCUCUGAUCCUGUUCUUAAAGGAUCACCCCUCCUGCUGUUAUUCCCUCUCUGUUUUGCUAACAUGCUAACUCGCCAUAGUGUGCGUCUGUGGCUUAACGUGGGGUCAGCGCUGUUUUGUUUUUUUUAGUAUCACACAGGAAGGGCACAUGACUUUCUCUAAAAUGAGGCAUCUUGUUGUAACAGUGAAAGUAGGUGAGGUGUUGCUCACACUGCAUAUGAGUCAGCAGACAUUUAACUAGUCAGGAAGCUAAAUUCUCUCCCCGCUUUUCAUUUCCUGUCAAACUGUUGAUCAUUAUUGUGGAAGGAAGGAAGAUGCAGGGCAGGUUUUAGGCUGACAAACUUAAAAAUCGAGCGGUGACGAGGAAGCCGCUUCUUCCCAUCUGAAAGGGUUUUGUUUAUUCUGGAGGCGAGGGAACGCUGGCAAGCAGGAAGGAGGAAAUUAACACUAGCUGCCAGCUAUCAGCUCAGUAAACACGUCUGUUUACAGGCGCCGAACGGAGGGUUUUUUGGUUUUUGUUUAAUUUUCUGGAAAUCUGCUGAGACAGAGUGACUCAUCAGGAGGCUGAGAUGUGUGUGAGUUUCCUGCCAUAAAAUGGGACAAGUCCAGAGUUCAGUGUGGCGAUUUGAUCCAGUGGGAAGUUUCCUGUUCAAACUGUUCAAACCUCCUUUCAAACGGUGGCAUGUUUGUAGUUCUUUCUCCUACUUAUGGUGCUAGAUAUCAAAACCUGGAAUCUGUUACUACAACUCCUCUGAUACUGUAAGUAGAAAUACUUGAUUUACAUCUGCAGACGUUUAAUUGCACUGUUGUUGUUUUCUCAGACUCUCGCAAGCAAAUUCAUGUGAUUAAUCCUACCUAAAGUGAAAAAAGGGACUAACUUUGUUUUGUUUUUUGGGGAGGAAGUUGGGGAAUAACACACACAGUUCAGUUUUCCAGGAGGGAAGUUGACGAACACCCUGCUGCAUCAUCUCCAUUGACACAAUCACUGAAGCUUUUUUGUCUUGUCGGUCAUGUUGAAGCAUCUGUGCAGCAUUAAAUUUUUGAAGACUGA